AUGCUAGUGGUUCCAAACGAUGGGGUUGCAGUUUGGUCCAAUGUCGAGAGUGUUCCCGAUGCGGUUUGUGAUGAUUGUGUUCCCGUAGGAAGGGUGCGUGCGAAUGUUGUUUGUUCGGCAUCGGUUGACAUUGAGGAUUGCUCCACGCUGGAAGACGAUGCUGGUUCUGACGGUAUUUCAGUCGUUGUUAGUGAUGAUAAGGAAGUCGCGUGCUCCAAGCUAGUGAAUCCAAACGAUGGGGUUGCAGUUUGGUCCAAUGUCGAGAGUGUUCCCGAUACGGUUUGUGAUGAUUGCGUUCCCGUAGGAAGGCUGCUGGCUAAUGUUGUUUGCUCGGCAUCGGUUGACAUUGAGGAUUGCUCAACGCUGGAAGACGAUGCUGGUUCUGACGAUGUUUCAGCGGCUUUCGUUGGUAUUGAUAAUGAGGAUGUUGCGUGCUCCAUGCUAGUGGAUCCAAACGAUGGGGUUGCAGUUUUCUCCGAUAUCGAGAGUGUUCCCGACACGGCUUGUGCUGACUGUGUUCCCGUAGGAAGGCUGCUGGCGAAUGUUGUUUGUUCGGCAUCAAUUGACAUUGAGGAUUGCUCCACACUGGAUGACGAUGCUGGUUCUGACGAUGUUUCAGCAGCUUUCGUUAUUAGUGGUGAUGAGAAAGUUGCAUGCUCCACGCUAGUGAAUCCAAACGAUGGGGUUGCAGUUUUCUCCGAUGUCGAGAAUGUUCCCGAUACGAUUUGUGAUGAUUGUGUUCCCGUAGGAAGGGUGCCUGGGAAUGUUGCCUGUUCCACAUCGGCUGACAUUGAGGAUUGCUCCACGCUGGAAGACGAUGCUGGUUCUGACGAUGUUUCAGCAGCUUUCGUUGAUAGUGAUGAUGAGGAAGUUAUGAAUGCAGUUGAUGCGGUUGGCGAUGGUUGUGUGCUGGAGGGUGAGGUUGCUGUGUUUGACGAUGCUGCUGCUGUCGUUUUUUCCUCCGUACUGGUGGAUGAUGAUGGGGACGUUUGUUUCGUUGUGGGGGAUCCUUGUAAUGUGUUGGUGGUUUGCUCCAAGGUGUUGAAUGUUUUUUGUGCUGGUUUUGUUGCGGUGGUGUUUCUGGAAAUGCUGUAUUCAAAAUUAGUAAGUGAAAAGCCGUGUUUUAUCAUUGUUAAUUCUAUUCAUAUGUCAACCGGUGCAGGCAAUGUUCCUAUAAGCACAGCACAUUCUGCUGCUUAUCCGACAAGUUCGGUUAAGUCAGGGAUUAGACAACUUCCUAGAGCUUCAUGCGGAUAUUCGCGACUGAUAAGGUUAGGCUCGCGCGCAGGACAUUAUCUUCUCUUCGGGCUGGUGUUCCGAUAUUCAAGCGUACCCUGA